UAUUUAUAAAUGUGUAAUGUUUAAACAUUCAUUCUCAUUGUUGUUGUUGUUUUUUGUGUUUGAAAACUUUCAUUAUCAUUUCAUUUCAUCAUCUUCUGCUGCUGCUCUCUGUGUGUUUUCAAUUCAAACAACAAAAAAAAAAAAUUUUGAAUUCAAUAUUACCGUCUGUUAUUACCAUCUUUGGUGGUUUUUUUUCAAAAUCAAACGUGUUUGAAAUUAAUAGCGCGCUAACCAGUUUUUGUUUUAUUUUUGUUUCUUUUGUGUUUGUAUAUGAGUGGACCAAACACACACACACUUUUUAAACAUCUAAACAUCCCAUCAUCAUCAUCAUCAUCAUCGCAUUCAAUAACAAGUUGUUUCUUUGUGAAUAAUCUUUGUAUAUGUGAUUUUUUUCUCACAUGGUAUGAAAUCACAAUCGAUGAGUCAUCAUCAUCAUCAUCAUCUUCAUCACCCAUAUAGCAUCCUUUAAUUAUUCGUUAUCAUCAAUAAGUGAAAAAUUAUUAUUUUCAAAUUGGAAAAAAGAAAUUUUUCCUUCAAUCUGACUUCUGUUUCUGCUCGACUAGUCUAUUUUUAUUUUAUUUUUUUUAUUAAAAAUCUUAAACGAAAAAAAAUGUCACAUUUAACUGGACAAGCUGGUGUUGGCGAUUGUGUACUAUUGGAAAACAUAACCAAAGAAUCUUUGAUAGAAAAUCUUAAAAUAAGAUAUCAAUCAGGCUAUUAUUAUACAUACAUUGGUGAAGUUUGUAUAUCAUUAAAUCCAUAUAAAACAUUAUCAAUAUAUGGCCCUGAUAAUGUCCGUGAAUAUCGUGGCCGUGAAAUUUUCGAACGUUCACCACAUAUAUUCGCUAUUGGUGAUGCUGCAUAUAAAACAAUGCGUCAACAGGUACGUGAUACCUGUAUAUUGAUAUCUGGUGAAUCUGGUUCCGGUAAAACAGAAGCAUCGAAAAUUAUAAUGCGUUAUUUAGCGGCAAUCACCAAUGUGAAUGGACAAGCUGAAAUUGAACGUGUUAAAAAUAUUUUAUUGAAAUCAAAUUGUAUUCUAGAAACAUUUGGUAAUGCUAAAACAAUUCGUAAUGAUAAUUCAUCAAGAUUUGGAAAAUAUAUGGACAUUAAUUUUGAUUUCAAAGGCGAUCCAUUAGGUGGUCAUAUUAAUAAUUAUCUAUUGGAAAAGUCACGUGUUGUAAUGCAACAACCUGGUGAACGUAAUUUUCAUUCAUUUUAUCAACUAUUAUUUGGUUGUAAUGAAAAACGUUUAAAUGAAUUAUCGUUACAACGUGAUCAACAAUUAUAUAAUUAUUUACGACAAGGACAAGUAUCAAAGCUGACAAAUGAUAGUGCCAAUUAUAAACAAGUUGAAUCAGCAAUGAAAACAUUACAAUUUAGUAAUGAUGAAAUUUCAACUAUUGAUUAUAUAUUAGCUGCUAUUAUACAUUUAGGUAAUGUCAAAUUUGUAUUGAAUCAAUCUGGUGGUGGUGCUAAACAAUCAUCAUCAAUGGUAUUGAUUGAUCCAAAAACCAGACAAUCUGCACAAAAUGUUUCAAAAUUAUUGGCAAUAUCAAUGGAACAAUUGGAAAAAACAUUAUGUUCAAGAACCAUUGCUGCUAAUCGUGAAAUAAUGCGUAAAGAUCAUACUGUUCAACAAGCAGAAGCUGGUCGUGAUGCAUUUUCAAAAGCCAUCUAUGAACGAUUAUUUAACCAAGUUGUUUCCGGUGUUAAUCGUGCAUUAAUGAUUGAUCAUAAUGCAAAUCCAAAACAAUUCAAUCGUCGUAAUCAACAGCAUUCAUCACAAUGUGCCGUUAUUGGUGUACUAGAUAUCUAUGGUUUUGAAGUACUUGAACAGAAUAGUUUUGAACAAUUCUGUAUUAAUUAUUGUAAUGAACGUUUACAACAAUUAUUCAUUAGUUUAGUAUUACGACAAGAACAAGAAGAAUAUGCACGUGAAGGUAUUAAUUGGAUACAGAUUGAUUAUUUUGAUAAUGCACCAAUUUGUUCAUUGAUGGAUAAUCAAAAAACCGGCAUGUUCGCUACAAUGGAUGAUUCAUGUCUGGCUGUUGGUCGUAUUACGGAUCCAUUAUUAUUGGAAACAAUGGACAAUAAAUAUCGUGAUCAACGAUAUUAUGAUUCAAGACGUAAAUCACCGACAGAUAAAUCAUUGGAACAUGAUCAUCAUUUUCGUUUGAAACAUUAUGCUGGACCAGUUGUUUAUGAUAUUGAUGGAUUUAUCGAGAAAAAUCGUGAUACAUUAUUCCAAGAUUUUAAACGGCUUUUAUAUUCCAGCCAGAAUAAAGUCAUUUCAGAAAUGUGGCCCGAAGGUUCGAAAAAUAUAACUGAAGUAAGCCGAAGACCAGUUACAGCCGGUUAUUUAUUUAAAACAUCAAUGAAUGAUUUGAUUGAAAAUUUGAAACAAAAAGUUCCAUUCUAUAUUCGUUGUAUAAAACCAAAUGCCGAUAAAUCACCAUCAAAAUUUGAUCCAGCCAUUAUAUCACAUCAAGUGGAAUAUCUUGGCCUGGUUGAAAAUGUUCGUGUACGUCGUGCUGGUUUUGCACAUCGUUCAACAUAUGAACGUUUCUAUCAACGUUAUAAAAUGAUUUCACCAUUAACAUGGCCAAAUUUUCGUGAUGGUGAUGCUAUGCAAGCAUGUCAAGCAUUGAUAAAUGAUAAACGUUUUACAUCGGAUGUUGAAUAUGGUAAAACAAAAAUUUUUAUUAGAUCACCACAAACAGUAGUGGAAUUGGAACAACAACGUGAACGUUAUAUAGGAAUGAUUAUUGUUUUAUUACAAAAAAAUUGGCGUGGUACAUUGGUUCGUAUGCGAAUACGACGGCUUCGUGCUGCAAUGUAUAUUCUACAAGCAUAUCGUCGUUAUAAACUUCGUCAAUAUCUUUCUGAAUUACAUUCAUUAGCCAUACAAACACGACAAUUAUAUCAGCCAGGUCAACGAUCAUCAUAUCAAUCGACAAAAAUGACCGCAACACAACAACGUUUAGAAAUGGAACAAAAAGGUUGGCCUAAAGCACCAAGAGCAUUAACCACGGUUAUUGAUGUUAUUCGCCGUAUUUAUCGCCGAUGGAAAGCAUGGUUAUUAUUACGUCGUAUACCGUAUGAACAAUGGCCAGAAUUUCGAUUGAAAAUCAUUGCAACAGCAGCAUUGUGUGGACGUCGUUUGAAUUAUGGUUUGGCCGAUAAAUGGCUUGGUAAUUAUCUUGGACACAAAGAAACAAAUAUCAAAGCAAAUCAAUUUCAAGCAGAAGUACGACAAUUUUUACCGAAUGAAACGGUUCUAUUUUCAAGUCGUGUAAUCAAAGCAUCAUCAUCAUUUCUACGAAAAUGUGUUGAUCGUUGGAUUGUUGUCACUGAACGUACCAUAUAUCGUAUUGAUUGGAAAACAUCGAAAAUUGUUGGACAUGCAACACCAAUUAUGGAUGCAACUGGUAUUGCCAUAACAAAAGGUUUUGAUCAAUUAGUUGCCGUUAAUGUUCGUGGUGGAAAUGAUUUUGUCGUUGCAUUUAUUGAUUCAAAUGAUCCAUUUAUUAGACCAGUAAAUCGUAUUGGAGAAUUUGUUGCAAUCAUUCUAAAACAAUAUGCCAUAUUAACUAAACGUGAUUUAAUGGUUACCAUUAGUGAUUCAAUACAUUGUCGAUUAGGUAAUAAAGAAAAAGUUUUAAUGGUUGAACCAAGUGGUGGACAACAUCCAGAACAAGUUUUAUUUAAAAGAAAUGGAAAUCAUCUUAGUUUAUUGUGGCCAUCUUCAUUUGGUCAACAACAACAACAACAACAGCAGCAGCAAACACAACGUUCGAAUGGUUUGUAAAUGACUACAGCCACACAACAACAACAACAACAACGAAAAUUCAUUGAAUUAUCGAUCAAAUUUUGUUUUUUAAAAUUUAAAUUAUUAUGAUGUUCUUUUUAAAUGAAUUUAUUUUUUUUUAAUCAACAAACAAAAUAAAGAUUUCAAAUCAUGCCAUUAUCAUGUGAA